CGACAUUCCAGCGCCCUUUGUCCACAUCACGUCCCUUCAUUCUUCUUCGCUGGUCCGAAGGUUCGGAUCCCGUGCUUUAUUAAGGCGCAAUGGCCUCGAAUUCGACUGGUACGUUGCUUCUCGCAUCAAAGGGUCUUUCAUACAGACCCUUUGUCCGAUUUUUUUGGUCGCGAAUGCUGUCGCUAACCAACCAUGGAUUCAGUCACGGAUAUCCCACCCCCUAACGACUCCAGUACCCUCUCCCCCGAUCCCCCAAGCUCGCCCAUCUCAUCAACAUCACCACCGACCAGCGCCCCUACAUCCGAACCCGCGCCAACAUCGAUCCCUCCAACAACGUUAGUUAUCACAUCCAUCAUCGGGCCAAGCAGCGAUGACCCAGGGUCCACCGUCGUUGUCACCUUGACCAGUACUCCUGACCCCAAUCCAACUCCCGACGAAACCGCUACCGGCCCCUCGUCAUCAAGAUCCAAUGCCGCACCGUCAGCCAUUCCAGGCGGCAAAGAUGGUGAUGUAGUUGCCCGUAGCGGACUCUCGGCGGGUGCUAAAACCGCCAUUGCGGUCGUUGUCCCCGUGGUAGUUGUGGCGCUUCUUGUCGUUGGCGGUAUUCUUCUGUGGAGGAAACGUAAAGCGCGGAAGAAUGCGGAAGAAGCGCGCCGGAAAGAAAUUGAAGAAUACGGCUUCAACCCGAACAACGACCCGACCCUCCCCGCCGUUGGCGGCGUCACGGAGUCCGAAAUGGGCGAGAAUCAAGCGGGCUACCGCGGUUGGGGAAACACCACGACCACUGCAGGGACUGCCUCCCAUCGCAAGACAUCGACCACCGUCUCCGGCGGCGCAGCCGCGACCGGCCUUUCCGACAAUGGCAGCGUACCAGGCGGUUACCGGUCACCCGGUUCUCCACCUCUUGGAGGAAAUAUGGAUGAACACCCAGACGACGCGCUAGCACACCCCAUGGACGGCGAAACUAUCGGCGCGCUGGGCGCUGGACCCGCAGCUUCAGCGAAUGCCGGCAACAUGCGGCGAGGGCCAUCGAACGCGUCGUCGAGUUACAGCGCUGGCCAACGCUCCGAACAAUCGUCGGGAGACGCCCCGAUCCCUGUCGAUUCGCAGCAGUACUACGACAACGGAUACUACAAUCAGAAUGCGUACGAUGUGGCCUAUAACCAUGGAAUGGCUGGUGCGGGAAAUGAAGGAAAUGGGCAGCAACCGGUGAUCAGAGAUGUGUCGGCCCGGAGAAACACGAGGAUCGAAAAUCCUAGCGUCUGGCCGCAACAGGGCAAUUCUGGCAUUGCGCAAAAUUUCUGA